CCGCGAACUACCUUUACUCAUUAUUGAUCUGAAUUUUUAUAGAGUCUGGCAACAAAAACUUAUUGAAAAACGUUUAGUGCUAAUAUUGGAUUUUGAUAUUUUAUUUCUAGUAGACAGUAAAAAGCACACGAAGAUGAUUGAUUUUAAUGGUAUAAUGAGUUGCCUCCCCAAACCUCAAUGAGACAGGUGGCAGUAGAAGUAAGUCCAGAAGAUGGGGGACUACAUCAUAAUGGCCGCAUUCUGAACUUAUUGUCUCUCCACUGGUGGUUCUUGGCAGGGCCACUUUUGUGUGCUAUUAACAUGCUAGCGUUAAUAACAGAAAAACUUCAAAAACAAAGUCUCGAUGAAUCUGCUACAAAUUCAACCAGCAUCAAAAUACCAAUAUCUAAUGAUGACAAUACAAUAAAACCGGUGACUACAGCAGUGGAUAGUUUAUCAGUCAAAGGUAAAAAUGUGUGGACAUUAUCGAUAGAUACAAGUAACCAUGGAAACAAUAAACAAGAUGGUGGCAAGCGGGGAGAAAGAAGAGGAAGUAAAGGGAUCAAAUGCAUUUCGACCAAUCAGAAUAUUGUCUGUGAUACAUCACCGAGCACACCAAAUGCACCACCACCAAAAAAACAUUGUCGUUCACUCUCAGUUCCCCCCAAUCAGGGGGAUCCGUAUUUCUUCGGAACAACUUUGUGCAAACCGAUACCAGUGUAUAAAGACUUUCAGGCUCUGUCCGCUAAAUUCAUGGCUCAGGUGCCAGGGGCUAAAGCAUUUACGAAAAACUUUAUGAGUUCUGCUUCACCAGUCAGUGUUGACAGUGGCCAUGUGACAUCUUCAGACUUUCAGACACCCCCUGGGUCUCCUGUUCCCCGACCAGCGUCCGCCAUGAGUGAAAUAUCUCACAGCUCCUCAUGGUUUGAUCACAGUCCGUAUAAAUUUAACCGUUUUGAAAUUCUACAGAACCGAAGUCUUUCUUGUGAGGAUCGAAUCUCGAGCAGACCACUAGGGGGUAUUAGUAGUCCUGGCCCAGAUUCCCUCCGUUAUUCGUCACCUCCCCGUAUCCACAGAAUUCCUCGAUGUAAAUCACAGCCAUGUGUUCUACAUGAUCGAAAAUAUGGUAAAAAACGACGUCACGACUAUGACAGACCUACUCUGGAUUUUACUAAAAUGACGCAGACUGCGUAUGGUCAGUUGGGUAUAUCUAAACCAAUACCAUUUUCACCUUCCAUACUUCAGAAACGGUCACACAGAGAUAGAGAUGAUAAUGACCUUGUAAUGAGACUUGUGCCAAUUGCCAGUUCACCACUGGAUACAGACAUUCCAUUUAAGGGACUUGAUAAUUUUCCUACAAGUCCUAUCGAUGAAGUCUCACAGUCUGAACAGCAACAAACACCAACGGGAAGGGGUGCAUUUCAAAGUGCAGCUUACCAGGAACCUGUCGAUUUCUUAGCUGACAGUGGAUUGGAUGAUUGCGAUUGUCAUGACAACCAGAUUGAUGAAGAUCGUGAAGUUAUUUUCCCUUUAAAAGACCUCGACAUGGAUGAAAUUGAAAAACAUUAAGUUUAAUUUUUCUACUCAGGGAAGAGAUGUUGAUUGUUUUUUGAUGACAUAAGACUACAAGGGAGGAAAGAUAAAACAAUAUUUUUACACAAAAGAUAAAAGGAACAAAGAGUUAUUUUCGAAUUAUACAAAAAAAAAUCAGAUUUUAUCCUGAACAAAAAUAUAUGAAUUAAGAUUUAAUUGAAGAAACUAUAUUUUACUGAUUGGAGUUCAAUGUUUGUUUUUUAAAGGCAAGUCUUGGCAGCAUGUGUUAAUAGCAAGUUGUCAUAUCUCAAUAAUGCAUCUCUUAUAAAGCAGCUAAAUCAAAUGAAUUUUAACUCAAGCCGAUGAUUUUUGACUUAUUUGUAUUUUUAUGAAUUACGUCAAAGAAUGCUACAUGUAAAUUGCUUGACUUUUCUCAGACAGGGAUUUGAAUAUUUUGUUUUAUGAAAUUAAUAAAAACGAUCUUUGAAUUAUUAAGAAGUUCUUAAUGAAAUAUUAUGAAUUAUUGUCAUACAGUGAUGACCUUAUUUAAACUGCAAGAAAAACUCACAAACAAUUAAUACCUUGUAUGUUGCUUGCCAUGUUGUGAAUUACCUCCCCUUAUGACUCUAACAUCAUUGUUGUACUUAGUGUUAUAUCAAAAUGAAUUUUGGAGAACAUAUUUUCCAUGGCUGACAAAUACUGUAUGAUAUAUUGGUAUGAAAGUUUUCGUGGAGGGAUAUGUUUUGGAAAAGAAUUGUAAUGACUUGAAUACAUUCAAACAGUAGUAUAGGAUUUUAUUGAUUUGAAUUUCAUUAUGGCCAUUGAAAUCAAGGGAAGGUAACUAGAAAUAGUUGUGAUAUCUAAAAACCAAUUUACUUGUACAUGCUGUUAAUUAACCAAGUUUUAAUGGUUUUUAUUUUUUUUUGCGAUAAAACUACUUACUUUUGGUAUUAAAAUCAAGGCAUUAUUAAUUACAUCCUUGUACAAAGGUAGCUUUGUUUGUUUAGUUCGGUAUUUAAAUUGUCUAUUCAAAGCUAACUUUUUCACUUGCAUAUAGCCAUAGUUUGGUAAACAUUUUCUAAUGUUUUUAGAUCCUUAUCACAAAUAUUUGUAGUUUUAGAAUUAGCAAUUUGUUAAAUCAGCAUUUUAACAUCCAUCUGUAGAUGUCACCAUUGCAACAAUACCACUAUUUUCAUAGUAACAAGGUCAUAUUGUCCUUUUAGCCAACUGUGAUUCCUAUAUUCUGUAGAAAUUAUUCAGCUCAAAAAUCUUUUGUCAAGGAGAUUAUGAAUUUUAUCCUAAAUGUUUGGUAUUUGAUAACUUGUACUGCCUUGCAUGAUGGCUUUGACUAAUACUGGAUUGCUGAUGAAAAGAUCUGAUCAGUCAAUUUACAUGCAUGUGUAAGAGCAUUGUAAAUACAUAGAUAUUACUAAAAUGUAUUUUCUAUGUAAAACAUAUUUACCGGUGAACAAUAAUAACCUUGAAACCCUUUCUGACAAUUUAACAAUAUUUCGUUUCUCUGAAGGACAUUGUUCUUUAAACUUUUCCUGCAUAAAUCUGAGGUUAAGUUGAUAAACACCUUGGUUGGACGUUUUGACAAUAAUAGAGUUGUUGUGUUUCUACAGAGUAUAUGUUUAUUUAACCCACCCUACACUCAUCAUAUUGUAAGAUAACUUAUAUAUACAUCAGUCAAAUUAAAUUGUAAAUAUAAUUCAUCCAUUUAUAAACCAUUUCAUGUCUUCUAAACUACAUAGAGGCUCCAUUAGGGUGUUGAAAUAGUUGAAAACCAGAACCAUUGAUAUUGUCAUUUGGACAUAAUUUAUGAAAAUCCAAUAUUCAUGGUAAAUGAAAGGUUGCAAAAUUUGCAAAAAGAAAGAAACUUAAAAAGGUACUAUUGGAAUUGUUAGAUAAGUUCAGAUACUUGAGGAUUGACAUCAAGUGUUCUAGAAGAGUAAGGAGAAACUAUUUGGUGGAAUGAGUCUUGGCUUGAUUUAUAGCCUCAUUAAAAAUUGUUUACCCGUAUAUGAAUUUAGUAUCUGAUCGGUUAUCCUUGAUCUAUUUUCUAUUAUGUUCACUCUGACAGAGCCUCUAUAUGUAUAUAGUUAUUAUUAUUUACUAUGAUUAAAUAAAUCAUGCCUGUAUUAUAUUAUUAUUGUUCAUGGAUGAAAACAUAUGUAAUAUGUAGAUCUACGUGUACAUAUGGUCAGGUACUAGGGGCAAUUUUCAUUUAAAUAUGUCAAAGAGAUAUAAACAUGGAAUCUUUAUUUAAUCUCAUCAAUGAAUUUGAAAAAUUGAAUGCAUUUAUGGGGUUCCAUAAUUUAAUAAAAAAAAUGUCAUGUCAGAAAGAGACAGUUGGAUCGUCGGCCAUAAUUUUUAUUGUAGGGAAUCCCUGGUAAAGCAAAUUAAUUAUUUUUAAAUGAAAAUUUCUCCUUUUACUUAAAGUUGUUAGAAUUUUAUUAAAUAAUGUUGAAUACUUAGAAUAAAAUAGUUUGAAAAAAAUUGUAGUUUACAAAAAAAAAAAAUCUUAAAAAAUGUAGUUAAACAUAAUUUACAAACUUUUUUAAACUUCUAAAAUUCUGACAAAUUGCUGAAAUAAAUACUGCUUAACAAUACUUUGACGAAGCAAAACUUUAAGUUGCUUAUAAAUUAUCGUAUGAUACUGGAAGAAGACAUUAUUUAAUAAAGUUAGUUUAGAUUAUAAUCAGCCUCAGGUGUCCUUGAUAUGGACUUAUAUCACUCAAUCUGUCUGUCUCUUAGUUUAUAAUGCCCAGGCUAGUUUCAUCAAAAAUAUUGAUAUGGAUAAACCAAUUCUAUCUGUAAGCAUAAAUCAGAAAAUACCCAGUUUGUUUGGCCUUUCUAAUACUAAAGCUCUAAUAUUUUAUUCUUAUGAUACAUGGUUGGAUUCCACCAAAGAAAUUUUAGACCAAGCCCUGUAAAAAAGCCCAAGUACAUGUAGUUAUAAUGAACAGACAUCAUUGAACAUAGCCACAAAUGAUAUAAACCAUUUUCAAUAACAUUUAUUUUCCAUCAUACAAGCCUUAAAGGCUCGAUGCGUCAUUUGCAUUUUCACUAAAAUAUGAAAUUCUCACGGCCUAAUAUACGCUAAAUAUGUACUCAGAUUGAUUAUUUAACAUUUAAUUAUGAAAACGAAAUCAAAAUACCAAUGCUAAUCUCCUGGCUUGGAUUCAAUUGGAUUUUAACUAGGACUGUCGGGAUUUCUCCACUACCAAUUAAAGAUGGCGGUGUCUUGUUACAUUAAUGCAGCAUAAAUAAAUGAAAUUUGUAAAUACUGAACAGAAAUAAACUAUUUUUGCACUGAUAUUCCUAUUAGAGAUUAAACUUUCCCAAUACUGUAGUUUGCAAGGGAUUCCUAUAACACUAAAGGACGCAUUGAGCCUUUAAUAUAGCUACAAACGAUCUGAAAAGUAUUUAGAUUAGUUUCAGCAACGAUUACAAACUUGUCUGCAUACAUGUUACCUCAAUAUAAAUAUUUGAUGAAUAAACUAUUUUAUGAAAUGGUGUUCAUAUUUUAAAAAUGAUUAUGGUUAAAAAAUAAAAUGGCAGUAAAAAAUUAAAUAUUUUUGUAAAAAUGAUAAAAGUUACGAUAUUUUCACCCAUUGUUUCUUUUUGUUAUAUUAUGUGUCUUAUUAAUGAAUUAGAUUAAAAUUAAACAGUUCGUGUAAUUUAAAUGUUUCCAUCCAGUCACAUAUGUCUUAUAUCUGUGGUCGGGAGUAAAAACAGAUUACAAGAAAUAAAGAAUUUUUUCGUUACUUGA